CCCCAAUUCAAAUGGCACAUCUGCCGCUACCUGUUUGAUGUCCGUCGUCUCUUCCCUGGAGUGAGUUCCUGUGCGUUUUCUCCGAUCGAUGCCUAGGCCUGCUUGCCGCGAGAUUUGAGGUCUACAGACCCGCGCGAAUUCUUAUUGCCUUCGACAAGGGCAAAUAGGGAUCCUUAAGAAACAUCUGCCGGUGGAUCUGGGUAUUGGGGCAUCGGAUGCGGCAGAAAGAAAUGCGUGAUGGUGAGAUCCCUGACGUGGACUUCAUAAAGAGCCAUUCUCAGAAGCUAGAAGAUGAGUUACAAAAGCUGGGACUGAAAAUUAAACAUCAUGAGGACAACCUGAAAUUUCUUAAGGCUCAGAUGAACAGCAUCGAUGAAUCCAUUCUUGAUAUGCAAGUUAAUCUUGGAAAGUAUCAUUCGUCAGCUGGAGCUGUGGACAACAACGACUUUUCUACCGCAAACACUGAGAAGCAGACAAUUGAAAACAUACUAAAGCAGGAGCAAACUGCAGCUGGCAUUAUAUGUCAGUUGAAAGUUUAUCAUGCAGUACAAGCAUCGAAGUUACCGUUGACCAAGGAUGUGCUGGGCAUCGUAGCGACACUUGGGAAAGUAAAUGAUGUCAACCUUAGCAGGGUUUUGUCAGAUUACUUAGGACCUGAAAACAUGUUGGCUAUUGUUUGCAAGACAUAUGAAGGUGUUAAAGAGCUUGAGAAGUAUGAUAAGGAAGGCAUGAUUGACAAAAGUUAUGGUCUUCAUGGAAUUGGCAAGGCUAUUGGGAGGCAUCUAGAUGGAAGAUAUCUCGUCUUUUGUAUUGAGAAUUUAAGACCAUAUAUUGGUGGAUUUGUGCCUGAAGAUCCUCAAAGAAGACUUGCUUUAUUGAAGCCAAGGUUACCUAAUGGGGAUCCUCCACCCGGAUUUAUAGACUUUGCUGUCAAUAUGAUUGAUGUGGACCAUAUGCACUUAUCUUGUAUCACAGCUAGUGGGCAUGGACUUCGAGAGACUCUGUUUUAUAACUUGUUUUCUCGCUUGCAAGUGUAUAAAACUAGAUCUGAUAUGCUACGUGCUUUGCCUUUUUUAAGUGAAGGUGCCAUCUCUUUAGAUGGGGGCAUAAUGAAAAGCGGUGGUUUGUUUUACCUUGGUGGCAGGAACUGUAUUGAGGUAAUAUUUCCAAUAAGCUCUGGAAUAUCAAGACUACCCACAGAUGUACUUGAGAUUGAGGAGCAGCUCAAGCUUCUGAGAUGGCAGAAAGAAAGGCUUCUUGAAGACAUGCAAAGAGAAGAAACACUGCUAAACCAUGUGAAGACGAUGUUCAGCACCAAAAAAGAAGAGUAUGUCAAGUACCUCAGAGAGACUGCACAAAUUUUGCAACAGAAAUUGGGUGAUAAUUUUGGUGAGUGGCAAAGAAAUAAUUAAAUUGGUCUUCAAAGGUGAUCCCGAGUAGUUUCAUAUGAGGUGAAUAUCCGUGUGGAACAUUUGGCAAGUUAAAAUUAAUACAGCUACUGAUAUGCAAGGCAAUGUAUUCGCAAGCUCUCAAGGUAAGCAUGUUUCAGACCAACUUGAAAAUGCUUUUCUCAAACUGGGAGAAUGCACUUGGAACACAAUGAUGCUUAAAAGACUUUCGUAUCUCAUGGCAAGACUCUAAUUGUCAUGUCUGAGCAUGAAAAAGAAUAAUGUAGUGGCCAAUUUUUUUUUAUUUCUGGCAAUUUUAAAAAUUCUUUGUUUCUAGCAACUUGAGUCUUUUUUCUUUGGCCAGCAACUUGAAUCUUUAAUGUCACACCUGAUACAGUCUGUGUUGCUUUUUCUACCUCAAAGCACGUUUAAUGGAACUUGAUGGUUGUUGGUUGUGAUAUGAACUUGGCAGCAAAGCUGUUUACAUAUAUUGUUAAUGGUGGAAAGAGCAUACAACAUUGGAAAAAAAUAAUGUAAAUGGACAAUAAUUAUGAUGAUAAUCAACAUUAGUCACUUAACCAUACUGUUUUUUUUUUUUUUCUGAUUUGUGAUUCACAAUGGCAAUUAGAUUCGAAGCCUCAUUUCCUCCAGGUUGUAUUCAUUAAAUCAUAUGCCACAAACUUGUGUGGGUAAAAGAAUCUGUAUAUAUGAUUUUUGCGUCAUUCAUAUGAUUAUCCAUAUGUCAACCACCCAGAUAGCAAUGUGCCAUCCACAAACAUUACAUUGUAUAGAGAUAUCCAAUUCAAUUUCUGAUAUGCAUCAUGUUUCUCAAUGAACUUUUUUACUGUUGUGGUAUCACUUGAUGCAUGUAUGUCAUAUAUUUCGAUUUACUUGUGCCUGCAUUUGAUUUCAAACAGUGUGUUUUCUGCAAUUUAAAAUGAGCAUAAUUAGAAUAUCUUUUCUAACCCUAAUUCUGAAUGCCUAGAAUUGUUGCAACUCCAAUGAGGAUUAAAUUGCUGCCUGUUGUUUGUGCACUUGAAUGGUAAGUGGCACGGCACACAUCCUAAUAAAUUUAGACUCCAGUGGCAACAAUUGCAUCUUUGUCAUGUCCGGGUUCAGUUUCUGCACACAAAUGCCUCCUGAUUGCCAUGACCUGCCGUCUCGUUCUGCUACUUCAACUUGAUGUUGGAUUCUCCUUUUUUUUAUUUUCUUUGAAGUUAUUUGAUUCCUGAUUGAAUUGAUGAUGACUAUCAUAACAUCAACGUAGCUUCUAACGAUUCUAUUUUCAGAGAAGUUUUUUUUUUUUUCAAA